UUGUUUUAAUGGUGGUUAACUCUAAACACACAAAAUGGCAGAUGACGCACCUAUCCCUUUAAUAAUCUUGGUUGUGGUAUUUUAUGUUGCUGGUUUUUUGAUCGCCUUGUAUAUAAGAAUGUCAAAAAUUGUGUUGAUCCGAAAAAUCAAGGAAACUGGUCGAGUUAUAUCUCUCUCACAAACACUGAUAUCAAUGUUGAUGCAACAAUUACAAGAACACCAAAGGCAGCAAAUAUCACCCGCUACUGGUUUACCACCGCCUCCACCAUACACGAUAGAAGCGCCCGUGGCGCCGCCGCAUGUGGAACCGAACGAAUUACCGCCUCCUUAUGUAGCACCGCCCCCAUAUGCAAAAUAAGCUAAGAUAUUAACCUCAAUAAAGUGAACUAUAACAGUCA